CGCCAUGCCCCCUAGCCUUUUCCGGUCAGCCUUCGCAUCCCCGUGGGGGCCGGGGCCUGUCGCUUGCCCGCUCCACCCCCACCACCACCGGCCUCAUCUUCUCCGGUGGUUGGGGCUCGAAGAGACGCGAGUCGCCCUAGGGCCAGCCACCAAGAAAUUCACACUGAUCCGCGGCGAGCGUGCGAGAUUUUAGCGCUGAUGUAAUAUGCGAGCCCCUUUUGACUACCUGCGAGAAACCUUAAACAACCUGGCUUGGUAACGAAGCACAGCAGGAAGAAAAGCCAGCGGCGCGGAGUCAAAAGGGGCGCAGCCCACCAGACGGCACUAACCCAACUUGGCUACGCUCGCCCAGUACUGGUGCUGUGUGACGCUUAACCACUCACUGCUGUCAUCGCUGGCCAGGAUAUUUUAUCGGCAUUUUCCUUGACUUGGAUCAGCAUCUUCAGUAGUGCUGCAGAAGAAAUUCCGCGGGACGCGCCUGUCGCCCGGCAAACCUGUGCCUCGUACUGUGACCGUGGACGGGUCUGAUUGGUCCGCGUCACCAACGAACGCCCCUCUUGUGAAUUGCGAUCAGGCGGCCGCGUUGAACGGCGAGUCCUCGUCGGGGGUCAAAGCAUCGCCGCCGUUCACACCAGACAUUGCGAGCCACAGAGGGCCCAGGCGGAAGCUCCGUCGUGAGCUACUCCGCUACUUCUUCAGUCCAGAAUUGUUUCCGUGGAGAGAGAGCCCGUCAAUCUCGCAGCGUGGUCUGGUACGCCAUGGGGUGUUUCCGCUUGGUCGUCAUCCUCCUCCUCGCCGCGGCCUGCUCCGACCAUGCGGCCGUGCUGGCCGCCGAGGAGUUCGCCUACAACGGCUUCGGCGGCGCGGGCCUCGCGCUCGACGGCAUGUCCGUGGUGGCGCCGAACGGGCUCCUGGUGCUCAGCAACGGCACCAGCCAGAUGGCCGGCCGCGCGUUCCACCCGGCGCCGGUCCGCCUGCGGGACCGCCCCGGCGGCGCCGUCCGGUCCUUCUCGGCGGCCUUCGUCUUCGCCAUCGUCUCCAACUUCACCGUGCUCAGCGACAACGGCAUGGCGUUCGUGGUCGCGCCCAGCACCAGGCUCUCCGCCUUCAACGCCGGCCAGUACCUCGGCGUCCUCAACGUCACCGACAACGGCAGGGACAGCAACCGCGUGCUCUUCGUCGAGCUCGACACCAUGCUCAACCCGGAGUUCCAGGACAUGAACAGCAACCACGUCGGCGUCAACGUCAACAGCAUGAGGUCGCUGCACAACCACAGCGCCGGCUACUACGACGACGCCACCGGGGUGUUCAACAACCUCAGCCUCAUCAGCCGCCAGCCCAUGCAGGUCUGGGUCGACUACGACGGCGCCACCACGCGGCUCGACGUGACCAUGGCGCCCAUGGGCGUGCCCAGGCCCAAGAAGCCGCUCAUCUCCGCGCCGGUCAACCUCUCGGCGGUCGGGACGGACACCGCCUACGUCGGGUUCUCGGCGGCAACGGGCGUCAUCUACACGAGGCACUACGUCCUGGGAUGGAGCUUCGCCAUGGACGGCGCGGCCCCGCCGCUGGACACGUCGAAGCUGCCGUCGCUGCCGCGGUUCGGGCCCAAGCCCCGGUCCAGGGUGCUGGAGAUCGUGCUCCCGAUCGCCACCGCGGCGUUCGUCCUCGCGCUGCUCGUCGGCGUCUUCCUGAUCGUGCGGCGGCGGGUGAGGUACGCCGAGGUGCGCGAGGACUGGGAGGUGGAGUUCGGCCCGCACCGCUUCUCCUACAAGGAGCUCUACCACGCCACCAAGGGCUUCAAGAACAAGCAGCUGCUCGGCACCGGCGGGUUCGGGAGGGUGUACAAGGGCGUGCUCCCCAAGUCCAACUUCGAGAUCGCCGUGAAGAGGGUGUCGCACGACUCGAAGCAGGGGAUGAAGGAGUUCAUCGCCGAGGUCGUCAGCAUCGGCCACCUCCGGCACCGGAACCUCGUGCAGCUGCUGGGCUACUGCCGCCGGAAGGGCGAGCUCCUCCUGGUGUACGACUACAUGUCCAACGGCAGCCUCGACAAGUACCUGUACGACAAGUCCAAGCCCGUCCUCGACUGGGAGCAGAGGUUCCAGAUCAUCAAGGGCGUCGCCUCCGGCCUGCUGUACCUCCACGAGGACUGGGAGCAGGUGGUCGUGCACCGGGACAUCAAGGCGAGCAACGUGCUCCUCGACGGCGACAUGAACGGCCGGCUCGGGGACUUCGGCCUCGCGAGGCUGUACGACCACGGCGUAGACCCGACAACCACGCACGUCGUCGGCACCAUGGGCUACCUCGCCCCCGAGCUCGUGCGCACGGGGAAGGCGACCCCCGUCACCGACGUGUUCGCCUUCGGCGUGUUCGUGCUGGAGGUGACCUGCGGGCGGCGGCCGCUGGGGUGCAUCGCGCCGGACGACCAGAACGUGCUGCUGGACUGGGUGCAGGAACACGAGCGCAAGGGCGCGGCGCUGGACACGGUGGACCCGCGGCUGUGCGGCAAGUACGACGCCGACGAGGCCCGGCUGGCGAUCCGGCUGGGGCUCGCGUGCGCGCACCCGCUGCCCGACACGCGGCCCGGGAUGCGGCAGGUGGUGCAGUACCUGGAGGGCGACGCCGCGAUGCCGGAGGCCGCGCCGACGUACGUGAGCUACACGGUGCUGGCGCUGAUGCAGAACGACGGGUUCGACUCGUUCGCCAUGUCGUUCCAGUCCACGGCCACGUCCAGCGCCAGCCCCGUCUCCGGCGGGUUCUCGGCCGUGUCGGGCCUCUCCGGCGGGAGGUGAAGAUUGAACAAGACGGUCGCUUUCACAGCGACAAGAGUACUAGUUUCUUGCGCGUCAUGGCGAUGACUUGACCUGGCAUUUCUGUAACAUAGUUGUACCUCGACUGGGUAAAAUUUCUAGCAGUACAGGUUUAGUACCGGUAAGUACAAUAACCGUGGACAGUAAAUAUUAGCGUGAUGAUGUAACCUGGAGUGCGAUAUGCGAGGCUCGAAGCAGACAUUCAACGAUCAA